AUUUAUUCGGUGCGAACCUUGUAUCGGUGAAGAAAUAUUGUCCAUAUUAAAACGUUUUAGUAUCGAAUUUUUUUUGUUGAUUAAGUCAGAAACAAUGCCAAAAUAUUUUUGUGAUUAUUGCGAUACCUAUUUAACUCACGACUCACCAUCUGUCAGGAAAACUCAUUGUAACGGUCGUAAACAUAAAGAUAAUGUUCGGAUGUAUUAUCAAAAAUGGUUGGAAGAACAAGUACAAAAAUUAGUUGAUGAUACUACCGCCGCUUUCCGAGCAGGAAAAAUACAAAAUCACCCGUUUCAAGGAGCUCCUGGAGUUGGAGCUAUGAUCCCACCUCCAGGUGCUCCUGGAGCGCCGGGAAUGGUACCAGGUAUGAGACCUCCAAUGCCACCAAUUGGAAUACCUCCUCCUAUGAUGGGAAUGCCACCAAAUAUGCCUCCACAUUAA